AUGGAACGGCCAAUUACAUUUUCAUUCGAAGAAUUAAAAGUAAAUCAAGGUGAUAGAGACUACUGCCCUUAUUGUGAACAAGACUUAACGGGAUCUGAAUUGCACCAUCAUUUGGAUUGCUGUGAAGUUUAUGAAUCUUUAAUCAAUCGAUCCCAAACAAACUCACGAAGAUCUACUUUGAUCGAAUCAAUCGCUAACAAUCUGCCACACGAUUUAUCCAACUCAGAUGAAGAAUUGCCAUUUUCAAUGCAUUACAUGGCAAACCAUUCAAAUUCCAGUUCAUUGUCAUCUCUAGGUGAUAAUAUUGAAUUGCCACCAAUUCCAUCAGAAUCAAGAGAUACAUCUCCUGCAGCCAAUCUUCUAGAGUUCAACAGGACUAACUAUGCAGCAAUGCCGAGGCAUAAUCAGCCCGCCCUUCCUCAAAGGCACUAUUUUCGAAACGAAGCUUUAAGGAUCCUUCAAACUAACCACCGAAACAUUCACUUUCCAAGCAGAGAGCUCAACGCAACUGUCUUCAGCUUUCAAGCUGCCAAAGGCCCAAAGGAAGCUCCAAAAGUCUACCCACUUCGGCCUUCUUCAAAACAAGGCAGAAACAUUGGAACCUGCCCGGUCUGUUUUGAAAUUUUUAACCAAGCUCCCUAUUCUCCGCUGCUAUUGCCAAGCUGUGGACAUACAAUUUGCAUCAUCUGCCUGCAAAAUAUGUAUGAAGAUUCAUCAAUAUUAAAGUGUCCAGUAUGCAGAACUAUGAGUUUUAAUGAAAUAGAAAGUUUGCCUGUAAAUUAUGCGAUCCUAGAAAUUGCUGAAGCUCAUAAAAUGGUUCAGAAAGAAACUUGCCCUAAACAUAAGCAUGAAAUUGUAGGAUAUUGUAAAGACCAUGAAAUGCUGCUGUGUGGGGCAUGCGUUUUUGAGCAUAAAGACCAUAAUGCUUUUAUGCUUACGGAUCCAAAAGCCUCUGAAGUGGCUGAUAGCAAAAAAGCUUUGAUUAAUGAGCAGGAAAAAGAGCUCCAAGCUAUUCAAAACAAAUGACUGGCUGUGAUGCAAGAUUUAAAUACAAACUUGUUAGAAAUAAACCAGUGUGGGGAAAGACAUAUUGAAGGACUAAAAAAAGCUGAAAAAUUGUUGAUUAAAGGUAUUAAAGAUGGCACCAAAGCUUGCAUUGAGCAAGUUACAAACCUUAUUAAGGGCCAAGAAAUACAAAAGCUUCAAACAGAGAUAUCUGACCAAAUCAGCGGGAUUAGGCAAACACUAAACGAAUUAAAAGACAAAAAGGAAAGAUUUGAAGGCAUGGGGAUCGUGGAAAAGCUCUGCAAGCCAGCUACUCAAAUGAAACCAGAAGACGUCAAGGUGCCUUCUCUAGAGCCUGCCAAGCAACUGAUAACAAAGCUGAAAAUUGCUGUAAAGUAUGAAGACGCCAUCAAGAAGUCAAAUUUCCCUAUAGGAGGACAGUAA